GUCGAACCUCGCAUGUUGCGGCCGUCGGCGCUGGGUGGCAUGCUGCGGCCUGCACGCCAUCUGGCGGUGAGCAGCCGCCACUUCGCCGCCGCUGCGUGCCGCUUCGACCAUCUCGGCGGCGAGCAGCCCGCCAGCAUGAAGGGCCGCCUGCCGGUGACGCUCUUCUGGGACGGCGCCAAGCCGUCGGAUGAGUUCCCGUCCCUGGCAGCGGAGAUCAGCGGCACGCGAGGGGCGGAGCUGACGCGCUUCACGCGGCUCACUCAUUCCAUCCUGCACGCGAUCGCGCGGCCCGAGAGCGCGGCCAUGCUCGGGCUGAGCAUCGCCGCCAUCUACUCGGUUGGUCUGGUGGAGGGCAGCGUGGUGCUCAAGGCGGGCAUCUGGGGCGCCGACAUGCCUACGGCGGCUCACUUUCUCCUCCGGUAUGCCUACGAGCAGACGAUGGUCUCAGCGGUGUGGGGGAUGCAGGACCCAGUCACGAUAGCCACGGCGAUGGGCCUCGAGCCCGCUGCGGUCCUGCGCCCGUCCAUCGCCACGGGCGUGGCGCCGUCCGAGCCCGAGUGCGCGCGCGGGCUGCUCCAGGUCACCGGCCUCUGCGCCGUUCGCUCGCUGAUUGCGACCACCCUCUUCCUCUCGCAAACGACUUUCGCGAGCGAGUUGCGGCAGCUCGCCGAGACACGUCCGCGGCACGUCCGCGACGCCGCUUGCGCCGUGUCCAGGCGCGUGCGGCUGGGACGCGAGCCACUCUUCCCCGGGAUCGAGCAGCGGAUCAUUCGGCUGUGCGGCCGGCAGUCGGACGUGACCGAGGUGUCGCUGCUGCGGUACGGGCCGCACAUCGUGCCGGUCUUCGAGCGGCCGGCCGCAGUUGCGACGCUGAUCCACGCCCACUCGCGUGCCCUGCGCGAGCCGGUCUACUGGCAGGCGGACCUGACCAACUCGGAGGCGAGCCUCGCCCUCUCGGCCAAGCAGGCCGACCUGACCAUGGAGGACGCGUCGCAGGCUUUCCUCCGCAUCCGGCGUGCCGCGAGGCUGUGGCAGCGCUCGACGCCGCAGGCCAAGCCCUUUCGCAACUUCCGCGUGGUGCUUGGCAACCCGCGCGCGCGCGAGGCGGAGCGGACGCGCACGCUGCGAGAGCGGAUCGACCGGCUGCACCAGGACACCUCCUAG